ACUGCGCACCUAAACUAGUCAACCGACAACACCAAAGAAGAAAAUGUUCCACAGAAGAAGAAGCCUCGUACUGUUGAUGGACUGUUCGCAGUUAACGGACCGACUUUAGUUAAUGUGACGCGACUGUCAUUGACGUUAAACGGCUGGAGCUCCUGUGGGGUUUUGCCGUAAAGUGUCCUCACCCGCCGGGAGGGCUUCAUGUUCAACCACCUCUCCGCUGUCCACGCUCUGCUCCGACCCGCCCGCCUGCUGCUCGCCUCCUCACCGCGGUCCUUGACCGCAGCCCGCCGCCUCAUCCUCGGCGCGAUGGAGCCCGUCGCGGUGAGGUGUCUCCCCGGCGAGCCCAAACUCACCAUCUCCUUCCGCCUAGACGGGACCAAUAAGCAGAUGCUGCGGGACCAGGACGAGGCGCUGGGCAAAGUCCUGGCCCGGAUCACCAACGGCAUCGCGAAAAGCCAGGGGAAGGCGAAGAAGUCGAAGAAGAACAACAAGGGGCCGCCGCGGCAGAGCCCGGAGCCCGCCGCGGUGAAGCUGUACUACGAGGGGCAGGAGGUGUCCGACGCGGUGCCCAACUCGGAGGCGUGGCAGGACGGAGCCGUGCUGCAGGUGGGAGACGUUAAAUACGCAAUACGGAGGAACGCUCCCACGUUCACCGCCGCGGAGCUCCCGGUGUCCCUGUUGGCCGAGUUCCCGGUUUGUCCCAAUCUGGAGAUCGAGUUUGGAAAUCUGCAGGACUGCGAGUUCAUCUGGUUUAGAGAAAAUCCCCCUAACGCAAGCCCUGAAGCUUCUGGAGAACCGCCACACGGGGACGGCGGUUGGACGGAGGUCGGCCGUGGCAGAGUCCAUGUGCCUUCGAACCAGGACAUCGGCCACCGGCUCAAACUGCACUGCAUCCCCAAAGACGGCACACGCGACGGCCCGGUCGAGGAGCUGGUCUCAGCGGGGGCCGUGGAGGCCGGACCGGGCGUGUGCACGUUUGACAACCGGCACGCGUACACCCUCAAAGAGGCGGAGUGGCCGGCGGUGCGGGUGGUGACGUACAACGUCCUGGCCGACGUCUACGCUCAGACGGAGCUCUCCAAGACGGUGCUGUACCCGUACUGCGCCCCCUACGCCCUGCAGCUGGACUACCGGCAGAACCUGAUCAAGAAGGAGCUCGCCGGGUACAACGCGGACAUCGUCUGUCUGCAGGAGGUGGAUAAGGCCGUGUUUUCAGACAGUCUGACUCCAGCUUUGGACGCCUUCGGCCUGGACGGUGUUUUUCGGAUCAAGGAGAAGCAGCAUGAAGGACUGGCAAUGUUCUACCGCAGAUCAAAGUUCCAGCUGCUGAGCCGUCAUGACAUCGUGCUGAGGGAGGCUCUGACCUCUGACCCCAUCCACUCUGUGCUGCUGGAGAGGGUUUCAGCUAACAGCGCUUUGAUGGGAAAGGUACUGCAGAGGGCCACCGUCCUGCAGGUCAGUGUGCUCGAGGACCUGAACAAACCAAGCAGGAAGGUCUGCGUGGCCAACACUCACCUGUACUGGCACCCAAAAGGAGGGAAUGUUCGUUUGGUCCAGAUGGGUGUAGCUCUGCAACACCUGAGUCAUGUGAUCAACGAGAACGCACCUGGAGCCCCUCUACUCUUUUGCGGAGACUUUAACUCCUCCCCUAACUCAGGUGUGUUCCAGCUGCUCAGAGAGACAGCGGUUCCUCUGCAACACGAAGACUGGAGGAGCUCCGGUCCGGAGGAGUCCAUCAGCAUGGAGCUGCUCUCUGCUUUCCCCCCCCUGCUGAGCGCAUGCGGCCAGCCAGCCUACACAAACUACGUGGGAGGAUUUCACGGCUGCCUGGACUACAUCUUCAUCCAGCCGGACAGCAUGCAGGUGGAGCAGGUGAUUCCUCUGCCCAGCCACCAGGAGGUCACCACCUACGAGGCCCUGCCCAGCGUCGCUCAUCCCUCUGACCACAUCGCUCUGAUCUGUGACCUGCGCUGGAACCCCUGACCUUUUAACCUUUUAACUUCAAACUACCUGGACAAAAAAAACGUGUCACGAGUUGUUCCUUCAAAUACAUCCCGAAUUUUCUUUGAAUAUGGAUGAAGUGUCAGCCUUAAAAGACCUGCACGUUAACUUAAUAAAAUAUUUUUUAAAUUACAACAUUUAACUUUAGUUGACUGUUGUGAUGGAGUCCGUAUUGUAUAUUUAACAGUCUAAUCAUGAAAGAAUUCUAAUUACUGAUAUUCAGUGUUGGGGUUGUUAAUGGAGAAAGUGAUGCAUUGCAAAUUAUUAUUUUUCUUGAAAGUUAUUAUUUGUGUGAUACUCUCAACGGGAAAUGUAGUGCAUCAUUUUAGGUAAAUACUUAUUAAUUGCGGUUCAUAUUAACCAACAGAGGUAAUUUGACUCCUGUUGGUUCUUCCUCACUCUACAACAGAUAUUUAGAACACCAUUUAGUUCACAUGGACUUGUAUUUGCUCAAAUACUUGACAGGAUAAUAAAUGCAUAAGAUUUGACUUAUUUGUGGAUA